UGAUGGUGUUUGUCAAAUGAAGUUGAUUACAAGAAUAAACGUAACCACUGAACUGGAGUCUAACGUCCUGCUGCCUUGCCUGUUUGAUCCAGAUCUCUUUAGAUCAAAACUGGACAUAAAUUCAAGUGCUGACUGGAGUCACAUUAAUACAAGUGUUCAGCACAUUGCAGAGCUCAAAGUAAACGGUGAAUCAAUGUUCUGGAAUAACAGACAUGGUAGAAUUAAAGCUUUCUCUGCUCAGUCAGGAUCUUUAAACUUCUCCAUCCUCAUUAAUAAAGUGCAGAGCUCUGAUCUCGGCCUCUAUCAAUGUGAACUCUUCAGAGAUAUCAACUGUUCUCUGGCCUAUACAGAAAUCAGUCUCGCUCUUGUGGAGUUUUCGUUGUUUGAUAACUGGCAGCUCGUGGUUGCAGCAGCAGGAGGAGGACUUCUGCUUCUCUGUCUCAUCUCUCUAUGUGUUUACUACACAUGGAUAAAAUGGCAAGCACUCAUCAGUUCACCAGUUGAACACGGAUCAUACAACUGCCAAGACAAUAUUCCAGGUCAAACAGAUGAAGUAACCUAUGCAUCAAUUGUUCAUAAACCCAGUCACCACCAGGAAAGUGAAGUUCUUGCAAAUAAAACUCCCGCAAAUGCAUCUGAAUUUGAACAUGUCAACUCAGAGUCUGUCCUGUACGCUGCUGUCAAGAGAAGAGACAAGUGAGCUGCAAAGCAUCCAAGUCAAAGAGCUCUCUCCUUUAUUACUCAGAUUUUGCCUGCAACCAUCUUGUGUAGUUUUAAAAGUGUUGUUUAGCACAUCUUGGAAAUAAAAUGACCAUUUAAA